UCAAAUACAUAAUGGCUUCGGGUUGGAACACAAUCGACUCUGACGCAGUAUGUCCCUCCUUAUUCAUCACAUAAGCUCCCACUAACCCCAUAGUCUGUCUUCACUGAUCUCUGUUCACUGUUGCACAUCGAGGGCGUGCAGUUCGAAGACCUCUACUCCAUCGACGAAUGGAGUUUAAGAGCGUUAAACAGUCCCGUUUACGGAGUGGUCUUUCUCUUCAAGUACACUGACCUUGACAAAACGUCACAGCCCUUAGACGGAAUCUACGACUUCGACAAUAAAGACAUUUUCUUUGCGCAGCAAACAAUCCAGAACGCGUGCGCCACCCAGGCAGUGUUGAACGUUUUGUUGAACAAGACGGAGGACGUGGAAAUUGGUGCGGACAUGCGUGGCUUUAAGGAGUUUGUGGACGGCUUUGAGAGCGAUUUGAAGGGCGAAACCAUCGGCAAUUCCGAGUUAAUCAGACAGAUCCACAACUCCUUCUCCUCGCCCAACCCCUUCUUUGACGACGAUAGAAAGAGUGCACAGAGAUCACAUGACGAUGAUGGGCUUUUCCACUUUGUGGGCUACUUGCGCUUCCAGAACAAGAUCUACGAGCUUGAUGGCUUGAAGCAAGCCCCGAUUUUGCACGAUGCAGAUUGUCCCUCAGACGACGCCUUCAUGGCCAAGCUUCCAGAAAUAUUGCAAAGACGAAUCAGCAAGUACCAAGCUACUGAAUUGCGGUUCUCUCUUCUUGCAAUUAUCAAGGAUAAACUCGAGAUUUUGAAGGAGUUUGGCGCAGAUGAGCACAUGAUCGCUCAGGAGCUCGAGAAGCGCCACCAGUGGCACAAGGAGAAUGAUUUGCGUAAAAAAGACUUUGUGGGGUUGUUGUGUGACGUGGUGAAGGGCAUCGGUGCGCAGGCUUCGGAAGCGGAGUGGGCCCAAAUCCUCGCUAAUGGGAGGGUCAGAGGCACGGAGCGUAGUCGGAUACAGCGCGCAAGAAAGUUUGACAUUUAGGGCAAGCUUAUCGCCAUAUCUGAGUGUUAGUUUGAGCUAUAUAGUGGGAAACUGAGGGACUAGAUGUAUCCAUAUUUGGACUAUUAGCUGGUCUUUAUAGAAUUGGUAUACUGCACGAA